AUGGACGAUUAUAGUAUUAGUAGCUAGGGUAAUUCCGAUGCUGUUAAAAUUGUAGUAUUAGGUUAAGGAGGUGUCGGCAAAACUUGCUUGAUAUUGCGUCUUAGGAAUGAUGAUUUUGAUGAAAAUUAUGUUCCUACACUUUAAGAUACAUAUCAUAAAAAUUUAGUAGUAGAUGGAUUAGUAACUUAACUAGAAAUUCUUGAUACAGCAGGAUAAGAAGACUAUGAAGUACUUAGAGAUAUGUGGAUAAGGAAUGGAUAGUGUUUUAUUUUAAUGUAUAGUAUUAAUAAUUAAGAGUCAUUUGAGGAUGUUAAGAGUUUGGUAAAGAGAAUUGAAAUGGUUAAAUGCAUAAAUCAAAAGACAUUUUAAGAAAUGAAUAUAUAGAUAAUUAUAGUAGGCAGUAAGCUUGACUUAGAUAGUGAAAGAUAGGUUAAAAGAGAGCUUGCCGAAAACUUUGCUAAGUAGCAUAAUCUCUUAUUUAAAGAAACAAGCGCUAAAACAGGAUAGGGUUGUGUUGAAGUUUUUGAGGACUUGAUCAGGAAAUAGAAGAAUUAGUAGAAAGACAUAAAUUAAAAAUAAAGUAAAAGUAAAACAAAACCAAAGAAGAAAAGAAGAUUUAGAUGCAAUUUGAUUUGA